GGGAGGUCGAGUUUUCUGCAGAACCAAAACAAAAACAAAAGAGAAGAGAAGAGAGAAGAGGAAUGGGGAUCAGAUUCAUAUUGAUGGUGAACAAACAAGGGCAGACCCGUCUUGCCCAAUACUACGAAUAUCUCACUCUUGAAGAAAGGCGAGCUCUUGAAGCUGAAAUCGUCCGCAAAUGCCUCGCCCGCAACGAACAACAGUGUUCAUUUGUCGAGCACAGGAAUUACAAAAUUAUUUACAGGCGGUAUGCUUCACUGUUUUUCCUUGUUGGAGUAGACAACGAUGAAAAUGAGCUUGCAAUUUUGGAAUUCAUUCAUCUUUUAGUUGAAACCAUGGACCGCCAUUUCGGCAACGUGUGUGAACUAGACAUCAUGUUCCAUUUGGAGAAGGCGCAUUUCAUGCUGGAGGAAAUGGUCAUGAAUGGGUGUAUUGUCGAGACAAGCAAGACUAACAUCCUGGCACCAAUACAGCUGAUGGACAAAACCUAUUGAAUAGAUGCCAAAUUUGGUGCUGGACCGCCUAGGGUUGCAUCGAGCUUCUUGGCGGCCAGACUUUUAUUCACUCAUGUUCCCUGUUCUGUUGUACAAUAACUGCAAAGAGAUUUGAAGUCGUUCAUAAUAUAUUCUUGGUUUAUUUUAUCACAUGAGAGAAUUCUGGUCCUUCCCUAUAUUAGACAUUUUGUACUGAAGAACUCUUAGCAUAUAAAUUAUAUUCAUGAAUCUGCAGCAGCCUUU